AUAAUAAUUCAACAUACAAUUGAUCUACUAUUGUUGUUUCAUUUGUAGACGAUAACUAUUUAUCGAUAUUAUUUUGGUCAUCAUUUCUUCCAUUGAGAUUAUAAUCGUCAAAAUCAAAAUGAAUUUUAUUAAGUGUUUUUGUUGCUUGAACAUCUCAACUAUGCUGAUGUUGAUAGCAUUCAUAAUCAUUACAUUUUUAUGUCCACCAAGCAAUCAAUCAAUUGGUUAUUUUGAAAAUUAUGGCUGGCCAUCAUACGGCAUUGUGAAACCAUUUUGGAUGGCACCAUUUUCUACAUAUCCUACCGAACAAACAAGUGGUUAUUCUCGUUCAGCCAGAAUUCUUUCGGCUGGUGUUGUUCGUAAUGCACCGGGCACACGUCGCAAUGUUAUGGGCUAUUGAAAAAAAUCGAAUUUUUUGAAACUUGUAAAUAAUUCAUCUGUAAAUAAUCAUCGAAUUGUUUUAUCAAAU